AUGUCUGAUACCGGCCAAGAUGCACAUGAAGAGGUCAUUCCUCCGCCCACAUCGCCACCUGCACCGCGGAAAAGAUACCCUAUAAUCUACAUCUCGUACCAAGUUUGGGUCGAGCAUGAAAUCCUAUUCCCUGAUGGCACGCCUCGGUAUGCGAGACAUGCGGAAGAUCCCCGCACGCCCGAGAAUUGGAAGUAUCACCACGAGUGUCUCACUAGCGACGAUCCGGACGUCGAACCCUUCCCUCCUUGCGAGGUCCCAUUCAAGCACAUGUCGAUUUGGGACUUCAAGCGCAGUGUCUUAGAAUUGGUUGGCGCGACUCGUUCUGAUUUCGACUUCACUCGGGUUUUAGUUGCGGCGGAAUCCAAUCGUAAAAUCCAAUGGCGCGGUUACAGGAACUGGCCUGGCGGUCCUAUUGCCACUCGGAAAAUCGAUGUCGCCCGAAAUUUCAAUCAAUACGCCCGCAUGGCGGCAAACGCGGUGCGCCCAAAGAAGUGCCACUUGAGGUUGUUCAUGGAAGAUCCGAUGCAAAGACUUGGCAACCCCCUCUACUGGACCAGGAUUCCGCAUCGAUGGCCCGAUGAGGUCUGGACCCGAUUUGAGCCUAAUGGGGCUCCCCCACCGCCGUCGGAGGAGUGUAUUGUUCUGGAAGUGAUGCGUCCGGGCAGCCGUGUCAUCUCCCGCGGUUCGACUCUCGAGCCGGUCCACAAUUCCGCUUCCAGCUGGGUCAUUGAGACCCCAUCGUCGUCUUUCAGCUCGGUGGCAUCGCCCGUCUUAUCAUUCAAGCUCGGCGCGAUCAUCCUCUGGCAUGGAGCCGCCGUUCUCUACUGGUUCAAACUCCGAGGAACGGGCGGUCGAAGGCCCACCCUCCAGCCAGAACAGCGCGGUGGCCGCUGA